CAUGUUGAGACAUUCUCUACAUCCAGAGAGCAACAGCCGGAAGAUCACAGAGCUAAGAGGUCUCACCACUGCCCACAUUGCGAGGAGAGUUUCCCAAUUCUAUCAAAUCUAAAAAUACACCUAAAAAUACACACAGACCAGAAUCUGUAUUGCUGCACAGAUUGUGAGAAGAGAUUCACAUCAUCACAAGCUCUGACAGCUCAUCAGAAAGUGCACACUGGAGAGAAGUCAUACUUCUGCUUUGUCUGUGGGGAGAGUUUCUCUCAACAGGGACACUUAAAAACACAUCAUCGAAUACACACAGGAGAGAAGCCAUACUCCUGCUUUGACUGUGGGGAGGGUUUUUCUCAACAGGGCCACCUAAAAACCCACCAACGAAUACACACAGGAGAGAAGCCUUACUCCUGCUCUGACUGUGGAAAGAGUUUCUCUCAACUGGGCAGCUUAAAAACACACCAACGUAUACACACAGGAGAGAAGCCUUACUCCUGCUCUUACUGUGGGGAGUGUUUCUCUCAACUGGGCAACUUAAAAACACACAAACGUAUACACACAGGAGAGAAGCCUUUCUCCUGCACUGACUGUGGGAAGAGCUUCAAAACAUCACAAGCUCUGACAGUUCAUCAGAGAGUGCACACUGGAGAGAAGCCUUACUACUGCUCUGAAUGUGGAAAGAGUUUCUCCCAAUUGGAUAUGUUAAAAUGUCACCAACGAAUACAUACAGGAGAGAAGCCUUACUCCUGCUCUGACUGUGGAAAGAGUUUCUCUCAACUGGGCAACUUAGAAGCACACCAACGUAUACACACAGGAGAGAAGCCUUACUCCUGCUCUGACUGUGGGAAGUGCUUCACAACAUCAGCUGAGCUAAAAGUUCACAAAAGAGCACACACGGGAGAGAAGCCUUACACCUGUUCUGACUGUGGAAAGAGUUUCUCCCGAUUGGAUAUGUUAAAAUGUCAUCAGCGAAUACAUACAGGAGAGAAGCCUUAUUCCUGCUCUGACUGUGGAAAAAGUUUCUCCCAGCUGGGAAACUUAGAAGCACACCAACGUAUACACACAGGAGAGAAGCCUUACUCCUGCACUGACUGCGGGAAGUGUUUCUCCCGAUUGGAUACCUUAAAACGCCACAAAUGUAUACAUAAAGGACAGAAGCCUCAUCAGUUCUCUCAGACCAGCUAAGAAUUAAAGUCACUCCAUCACUUUAAGAUGCACUAUGUAGAAAUCACUUCACCAUUUCCUGGAUGUUAAAAUUGCAAUAGUUCUAAUAGCCUCCAGUUUGUGACAAAACAAGCAGUCAUUGUGUAGUGAAUCAUUGUACCAUCUAAACCGCUGUGAAAUAUAUUUUCCAUAACCAAAAUAUUGUAUUUUCAGCUGUUGUACAAAA